AUUUUUUCAAAUUAUGCGCUUUUAUUAUGAGCUCAUUUGUUUAGUUGUUGUCGUUCGCUUUAUUUAUUUAUUUCCUUUAUUCUAACCCACUUCUAAAUGUACAAAGAGCAAAAAUAAUAACAGAGCUUUAAAAAUAUCACUUUUAUCUACCAUAGACUGGGUGAAAAUUUACCAUUAUAAUAUCAAGAAAAGCUGUGCACGAGAGAAGCGUACGCGCUGUAUUUGCAUGUAACGUCACUCAAAUGUCAGUGACAAAAGUACCCCCCCAUCUGACAAGACGUCUUGUGUCACAUGGGGAAAAAGUGUGCCAACUGUACAAGGCAGUUUUGUACGAUCUGAAAUCUAAAAGCAACCACAUCCUAAAAUAUCGUUACAAUGCCGUGCUGGCGAGAGCCCGUUUUGACGAAAAUAAGGACAUUAAGGAUGAAGUUCUUGCCAGGAAACUUCUAGAAGAUGGGUGGGCAGAGUUAAAUGCAACUAAACAUCCCCAUCCUUUCACAUAUCCUACUUCACCCGCAGGUGCAGCUUAUGAGAGAAAUCCCGUUUUCAAUGACGCCGAAUACGAUAUGUGGCAUCCACUAGAAAAGCAGCAAUAUCCGGACUACUUUGCAAGACGGGAAAAACGUAAAAAGGAAUUUAUUGAUGCCUGGGUAAAACGUUAUGGCGCCGUAUCCGAAAAAUAGCUGGAUAGUAUGCUUAGGUAGUUGUCUUGUAGAUGUGACUUCAUAUUGUUAUGACAAAUAAAACUUUGAAAAUACUGCUUGUUUAUUUUCUGACCAAUUUCAGUCUUUGUUCAGUAGUUUUUAUCGCAUUCUAACGUCAAUCAAGGGACAGACUAAAAAAAUUAAACAGUCUCAUCAUCCGAGCUUUAAAGUUGUCAUCAUUGUCCCUGCUCAUAUCCCGGCAGACACAGACGAAACAUUUCUGGUAUCUUAGGUGAAUGCAUAACCAGUACUUCUAGAUUCUUGUAAUCGCCGCAUUACGGCCUGGUUGUUACAUAGGUAUCCAUUAACACCAGGCAUUUGGUUAAAUAAAAUUAACUGAAGCUUAUGUACAUAUUUUAGUUGUUGGUAAUAUUUAACUAUUUCUACUGACAUUCUCUGUUUCGCAUACCAAA